AUGGCAGGGAUUUCAAAUUUUUUGUGCGAGAAACCAGAGUGUUCUCAUCUUUCUUUUUUAACAUUAACGCGUUAUUUAAAUCACCUACGAAAUAGUCACAUCCAUGAACAGGGAUUUAAGGUCAGGUGUCCAGUGAAGCCGUGCUUUCGUUUGUAUACUGUUGUGUUGUCUCUAACAUCACAUGUUAGACGUAAACAUCGAAAUGAAAUAUUCAACUUUCAUUUGAACGACGAUGCUGAUAUCCACACAAAUGUUCCUGAAAGCGUUGCACCGAACGAAGCAUUGCCAUUGACCAGCGUCAAGGAAAAGACAGCUGAUGAAUUUUCUCCGAGACAUUUGGCUCUAUUUACUCUAAAGACACAAGAAAUUAACCGACUAACUGAUGCCACCACUAACAAGGUUGUUAUUGAUUUAUUGUUACUGUAAUACAUAAUCAUAACAACACCUGAACACACAUUGACACAAAAAGGCAGGGACCACUACACAUGACAACAGUUUAACACCAAUUGUUACUGUCGGUCCUAUUAAAUUAACCCUAAACAUAUUUUUUAUCUAAGCUAAUCGACAAUACAUCAGAACUACUCGAGCAACACGAAGCUCACGUGAAGGAAAAGAUAAAAGUGUGCUUGGAAAAAAAUGGGAUUAAGCUGGAGGAUGUUGAUGGACUAGAAGACAUCAUGAACUUGCCACAAACUCCUUCUAUGGACUUCUUAAAGACCACCAAGAGUAGGAAUAAUUAUCUUUCUCAAGAGUUUAACAUGGUGGUAAGUUUCAUAUACCGCAUGAUUGCUCAUCAGACCCUAUAACCCCCUCCCCUCGGGGAAACGUGGGCCAAUUGUAUGUGAGCAGUCACAUCAUUGUUGCCAAUUUAUUUAUUUAUUUAGUCUGUAUAAUAAAAAUAAGCCUGCAGCCCAUGGCGCACAAUGAAAUGUCUAAAGCCACAUUAUUGCCCACCUGUGCCUCAUGUUUCCACAGCGUGGGGGUUCUGAUUCCAAGUACACAAGGUCCGCAGGACCCCUAGGAGGUACAGAAGGGCAAGAAUAUUUAAAUAUCGUAGCCGACAAAAUGGUUACAGUGGUCAGGGUGCCCCCUAGUAGAAGGACAGACAACCUCGCAGACAAGCUGUGGUCUCGAACUGCGACCACAGUAUUAGCUGGUCACAUGACAUGUUGUAUUUUGGUAGAUUUGGUAACUUAUCUCUGUGAACGGGCCGAGGAAGUAAUUGUUUUGUUGUUUAAAGUGGAGGUCAAGUUUGUAUGUACACAAACGGUUUGUUUACAUUAUGAACUGCUGUAUUUUUAAAAAUAUGAUGUAUUGUCUGAAUAUCUAGCACCAUGUCCCAGGGACAAAUUAUAAAAUACAUCACAAUGCGAGCGGCUAAUACUAUAGGGUCUCAAUUUAAGCGAGGCAGGACCACAGAUCGAGAUUGUGAUAUGACCCAUACUUAAUUUGCUUAUUGUUUAGAAUCCAAUAGAGAUUGUCCUUGGCGAAGAAUACAUUCAUAACGAAAAUUCAAGAAAUGGUUCAAAAGUGAAAACGCAUUCAUUCCAAUACAUAUCAUUCAUUAAGGUUCUUGAACAACUAUUAAAUCAAGUUGAUGUUUUUUCACAGGUACUUAGAAAUGUUUUCAAAACUUAAACAAUGCAUGUUUUUCAUAUCUUUCGUAUCUAUACAAUCAAAGAACGGAUUAAUUUAAGCAUGAUCUGGAUCAAGUGUUGUCGCUUUCUGGCCCCACAAUUAGCCCUUUGAAAUAAUAAAAAUGGUGACGAAAAGUCAAUAAAAGAUUGUUUAUUGCAUUUAUGGUGUUCACAGGUGAAAUCCGAGUUAGACUAGAUUAAUUAUUAUGUGCAUUUUCAAUGCUCAUGACAAUGUCUGGCCUUUUUAGGUGGAAAAUACUCACAAAAGUAGAGAUGGGAAAAUGAGAGAUCUCUGUGAUGGUGAUGAAUUCAGUCCUACAAAGCAUCCACUCAUUUCUGUUAAUUCAAAGGCAAUUCAAAUGAUGUUGUACUAUGACGACUUUGAAGUUGCCAACCCACUUGGGUCAAAAGCUGUUAUUCACAAAAUUGGUCAGUAUUUUUAUUACUGAUAACUAGAAGCAAAACAGAAUAUACAUGAAAUAGAGUUACAACUUAUAAGUAGAAAUAAUCAUGUUGUGCUUCAUAUGAGUUUGGUUAGCAUAUAUAUUAUACCUGUUAAUUUUAUACUUCUAGAAUAGUUCUACUUGUUUAGGAGUAUACUGAUUAGUUAAAGAUUAAAGCCUGGCAACUAGCAUGGUAAUUUGAUGAGAUUGUAUUUGAUUUUAAUUGACCUUUUAACAUCCAUAUUUAUUUUACUAGGUGGUUUUUAUUGGAUGUUGGGAAAUCUCCAUCGGAAAUUUCGAUCCUCCUUGAAGAGCUUGAAUCUGGUGAUUCUCUGCCCAGUGAAGUGGAUAAAAAUGUAUGGCAUGGAUAAGGUACUCAGACCAUUCAUGAGUGACCUGGCAUUACUUGAAUCAGUAAGUCACAAUUGUGUAAUAUUCAAAUAAAUUUGCAUCACAAGUGGUGGAUCCAGCAAUAUUUUUAUACUGGGGUGCUUCAUCAGCCCUCUACCACCUUGAUAAAAUCCCCACUUCUGCUUACAGGGUAUGACAUGUUAUUUAACCAUUUUCAAGACAAAUGUGAUUUUUUCAAUGCCCUUGACCCCCUACACCCCUGUUAGUCAAUAUAAACAGUAGGUGCAUAAAUGUAUUCAUCAUAGGAAAUGCCUUGACAUUAAUAAGUUAACAAAGUUAUCAGCCAACAUGUUAACUGUUAACCCCAUAUGCUCCUCAUCACCUCGUGUAUCCUACUUUAGUAUUUCCCAUGCCUAACAUGCUCAUUUUAGUCAUUAACCCAUUGAGUCACAUUGCACCCUGAUGCAUUCUACUUUAGUAUUUUACUCUGUCUAACGCCACAGUAUUUUACUCUGUCUAAUGCCAGACGAUUUUACUUGUCAAAGGGAGAGUGCUGGCGAUUAAUGGGUUAACUGGCCUAUCUGCCCAUGUGUCUAGUUAACCCAUUGAGUCGCAUUGCACCCUGAUGCACCCUACUUUAGUAUUUUACUCUGUCUAACGCCAGACGAUUUUAGUCAUCAGGAGGAAAGCGCUGGCGCUUAAUGGGUUAAUUUAACCAUUGAGUGGCAGCACUCUCCACUUGACAAGUAAAAUAGUCUGGGUUAGAUGGAGUAAAAUAGUCUGGUGUUAGACAGAGUAAAAUAGUCCAGAGUGCAAUACUAAACUAGGGCACAUUGGCAAGGGAAAAGCCUUGUAUAUUAAUAAGAAUCUAAUAUAAUACAUUAUUAUACUAUAUUAAUUUGUUCUCAGGACCAUGGUGUGCAGCUGAACAUAGCUAAUCAAGUUAUGCCAAUCCAAGGCAGUUUAAGUGUCGUCUUGGCAGAUAACCUUGGCAGCAAUUCAAUUGGUGGUUUCAUGGAGAGUUUUUCUGCUAACCGACCAUGCAGAUUUUGUUUGGGCUUAAGUUGGGAGUUUCAAGAAAAGGUUAGGUUUUUAUAUACUAUGCAGCUGUUGAGGAUAUAAAGCCCACAUACGAGAUAUUGUCUCAAUACAACUAACUAGUACAGUAAUAUUUGUUUUAAUAUUUCAGUUUGUUGAGGAAGAAUUUACAAUGAGAACGCGAGAAAGCUAUACCAGACAAAUGGAUCUAGUUGCAGAGGAUCCAGAAUCAGUCUCUGUAUAUGGAGUAAAGAAGCCAUCUGCCUUGAAUGCCUCAAAAUACUUUCAUGUGGUUGAUGGACUUCCAUCAGAUAUAAUGCAUGAUAUUCUAGAAGGUGAUAUCAUAAUUUCAGUUUAUCUAAUAGAAAUAAGUGACUUUAAAUUUAUAAAACAUUUUAAUUAACCAUGUUUGACCAUUUUCCAAUCUUGAAUAACAUUUCAUGCAUUUUCAUAGGUUUGAUUGCCAUAUUUUCAUUGCAACUAUGUUAAAUUCAGCUCAAUUUUUCAGAAAAUAUUUAAAAUAAAUAUUAUGAUUAUGAUGAUUAAUAUAGGUGUGCUACCUCUCCAUAUCAAAUUGAUGUUGAGGAAAUUCAUCAUGGAGGAGAAAUUCUUUACCCUCGACCAGUUCAACAAGCAGCUGCCAAACUUUCCGUUUGGUGUUUGUGACAUCAAAAACAGGCCUAGCCUAAUUAAGAAUGUCAACACAGGUGAUCAUCACUUGCGCCAGUCAGGUACAUGUAAUUUGAUGAACUUGUAUAGUUAGCCAUAGUUUGUGUGAUUUAAAUUCAGUGGUGCGUAGGGGGCAAUGUUUUCCAGAUUGCGGUCUUCUUUGUACAAUUAAAAAAAUAAAAAUAGGAAAGGACAAUUACGCAUCAUGCAUAAGUAUUUCCCUUGACUUGCCAAAACGAUAUACAGCGGCGACUUUGUGUUGUCGUUGAUCAUAUGAUUAUUUCUAAUCAAAGUCAUUCCACAGUAGAAACAUGUUGAAUAAAUUGCUGGCACCGCUGGAUGUGAUCAUGGUUUUUGUUGUUAUUGAUGACAUCCCAAAAAUUAUCUGAUUAGCAUACAUACGUUUUCAAUUGAUACAGUACAUGUAGUCUUGUUGUGAUGCCCACCUCCCUGCUGCUCCGAUGGUAAAUUUUGCACCCCUCCAGGACAGCCAUUCUGUACUGUACCUCCCACAAAUAGAAAAGAGCGUGCUGCCAACUGUACUGUAGGUGGCACUCAUCUCACUUGAAUCCUAUUUUAGCAUCGCAAAUGUGGUGCCUUUCUAGGUUGCUACCAUUUUUAGUACAUCAAUGGAUUCCAGAGGAAAAUGAUGACUGGGCUUUGUUUUCAGAUCUAAUGCAGAUUGUCGACCUACUAUUCUCUCCAGUGGUAGAGAAAGGUACUCCAAUCUAUCUUCGGCUGCUUAUUAGCGAGUACUUGGAUCAAUUCAAGAAAAUGUAUCCAAAUGUGAGACUGAUUCCCAAGCAGCAUUUUAUGUUGCAUUAUCCGAAUCAGAUCAAAAGGUACAGUAUGUACUGUAUAGUACUUUAAAUAAAAUGUUUUUUGUACUGUACUGUGUGUGUGCAGACAGUGUCGAUUCUGUCAGUUCGCUGCUUUCCAAUAGUAAUUUAAAUCACACAAAGAAGUGAUGGAAUUAUGCUGUCUUCACUGACAUACCCUAUAGUCUAAUUACCUCCGCCAGGAGGUUAUGUAAUCAUGUGGAUUUGUAUGUGUGUGUGUAGUGUGUGUAUGUAUGUAUGUGUGUGUGUGUUUGUCUGUAAGCACGAUAACUCAAGAAAUACCAAACAUAUUCAUACGAAAUUUUUUUAAUGCAUUUCCCAUCUGCUAAGGAAGAACUGAUUAAAAUUUGAUUGAAUUUGGUUAAAAACGGAACGAGAAAUGAACAAAAUUUUGUCUUGCUUUUCCCGGUCAAAUAAAAAAAUUACUGAAUGCGUAAUUAGGAUGUGCAUAAUUUAUGCAAGCAGUACUAAGACUAUUGUCUUAGUUGCAUUUCACGCGACCGAAAUUCAAUGUCUAAAACAAGGCUUACGGAGUUACGCAUUAUUGCGUUCAGCAAAGUGCCAGUCCAUUCAAAUUCUAAUAACAUUAGAUUACUUCAAUACAGGGUGUAUAAAAAAAACGCAACCUCGGAAUUUCCCAAGAAAUCGACAUUGUUUUAAAGACAAAAGAUUUUAGCUGCCUGGGAAUUUAAAAUAGCACAACUGUGCAAAUUACUGCAACGCGCGAGUGCAUAAAGCAAAAUUUAUGCAUUUAUUUAAUGACAUGCACUUAAUAAGUUUUUAUUUUACAAGUACUGUACAGUACAGUACAGUACAACAACAGUAAUAUGAUCUAUUAGCAAUUCGAUUUCAAUUCGUGCCUAAAAUUUUUUAUGCUUAAGAAUUGCAAAGUGGAUUUCUUAGGAAAUUCCAAGGUUGCGUUUCACUUCCGAGUAGCGGGCGGGGAUAUGCAGUAUCUGAGUGCCCUCUAGUUUAACCUUAUGAUUAUGGUACAAAAUUAGCAAGGUAGAUUUAUUUCCUUUGGAUAAUCAUAUUUGUUACAGCAAAAAAUUUUUAAAAUCAAAAUUGAUUUUUUGUACCCGUAAACCGCCUUAUUUUAAGUUGUCUUUAAAUCCCCCUAAACAGUACAUCAUCUGUUGUAAAUUUUAGAUUUGGGCCCCUUGUGCACAACUGGUGCAUGCGCUUUGAAGGGAAGCAUCAUUAUUUCAAGCUUUUGGCACAAAAUGUUAGAUGUUUUAAGAACAUCACAAAGACACUGGCCACAAGACACCAACGGCUGCAGUGUUACUGGCUGAGUGAACCGGAUGGCUUCCUCAGGAAUGAGACUGAGGUUGGACCAGGUUAGAGCAAUGAUUUAUUGUAAACUAUGAGCAGUGAUAUAAUAAUAGUUUUGUUUGUGGAAACACCACAUAAAUUUAUUAAUGCAAAGCUUUUGAUCCGUAAACCCGGAUUAUUAUAGCACUGACAUGAAGAUCCGGACGUACGGAUAGAAAGCUUUGCAUUAAUAAAUUUACGUGGUGUUUCCACAAACAAAACUAUUACAUUGUUUUAUCGCCAUGCAUGCAAACAUACAAAGACCUUAUUAUGAGCAGUGAACUGUUUAAUAGUUUUUGUUGGCUAAUAUAUAGGCUGUGUUAUUUGUUUUAUGUAGGUAAAGUUUUGCAGUUAAAGGAUCUUCAAGAUGAAGAACGCAGAUCACUGCUCCACACGUACGACCUCGACCAGGAUUCAAGUUUGACGCUGUAAGUUUUUUCAUGCAAAACUAUAACCAUUUAGCACAGUCGAUUGUGCUCCACUUUAGACCAUUUAUUGCCAGUAGUUCAAAUGUUUUCAUUAAUAAACACAUUUACUUUCCCAGAACAAUAAGUAUUUAUAUUUGCACAACUUUUUGGGAGUGGUCAUAAUUUAUGGGGGGGGGGGGGAUAGUUGUUCAUAUAAAUUAGUGGUAUACAUACAUUGUUUCUUUUCUUUAUAGAAUUGAUUGGGCCAAAAUCUGUGGUGAUAAAUAUGCAAAGGGAAUGGUUGUGGUCUACCAGCAAUUUAUCUUUCCCGAGUUUCUGAUGUUGCACAAUAUUUUUAUGCUGCCAAAUAUGGAUGUUGUGUUUUCUUGCAAAAAGAUGCAAACAAUUGCAUUUAACAGUCGCAUGCGGAGCUACGAAGUCAUUAUUGCUGAUGAAUUUCUUUCAGUAUCACAUAGUAGCUUGGUGGAUCACUAUCCUUUAGAUAUAUAUACCAUAAAUGUAAAUAAUAUGCCUACAAAAUUUGUAAGAAUGAAAUACGAUUUAGCCGAUGCAGAACAAUAA